GUCCCCGCCGUCACGGCGUCACCCAUCCACUUCCUCUCCCUGCUGCUGCAGCUCGCGCAACCCCCAUCUCACCCUCUUCCUUCCUGCCACACCGUUGCUACCACCGCCCUGCCCUGAGAGGGCCCGACGCCAUGGACCUCCUCGAGAAGAUGAUGGGGCGGGGAGUGCUCUCGGACCUGCAGAACUUCUCCGGCCUGAUGGAGCACCUGGCCAGCGUUGUCGACCUCAAUGGCAUGGCUGGACGGUAGGUUUGCUGGCUCAUUCUUGGGAUCGUCUUCGAUUCGUUCGUCGCCUCCGUGGCUCUGGUCCGUGCCCCCCUGCCCCCAGCGACUGCUGAUGCGGUCCGCCGUCCAAUCCAUACUUGAACACAGAUACAGGUACAAUGUCCCCCUUUGAGCAUGGUGAGGUGUCUGUUCUUGAUUUUCUUGAUAACGGUGGAUAGGUUGACUUGGAUUUGGGGAAUUAUGAGUGUUUCAUAGAUGUUACUCUGACGAGGGAUAAUAUUACCUCUAGAAAUAUAUACCAGUAUCUUCUAGCUCAAGGAAAUACUUGUGUUUUCUCAUUUGAGAUUGUAACUGAUAGUUUCUACUUCUUUCGGUCUGUCAUUGAGAAGGAGAGAAGGGGUGAUUAUAUUGGAAAGACUUUAUAGGUGAUAUUGAGUCAAUGCCCUUCAUUGAAGAUUUGCGCCAAUUAUCCUUUUCUCCUGACACAUUCAGUGAAGAUUUGUUCUCAGGUUGAUCUGUGCAAUUUUGAUGGCACUCAUGGUGUCAAGUGAGGACUGGCAAUUUCCACCAGGGUUCAAAAUGAAACAGAAGUUCACUUGGCAACAAACUAUACAAAGCCACUUAUUCUUCACUGGUCAUUAGCAAAAAAAGACUAGAGAAUGGAAGGUAAAACUCCAAAUUUUUUCAUUUGUUUAAGAUGCAAGCAGUUGUAUUAACACUGCCAUCAGUUCCAAUGCAGUGUUAUUUAAGUGUGCAAGAACUCCUUCAAAUGUAUUGCCAUCUCCUUUCAAAUUGCUUGAUAGGGCGUGUGAAAUUGAAUUUACUAGACAAGAAAAUAAUUAAGCUCAUUCAUUGUUUAGGAGUAAAGACAAAUGUAUGAUAUUCUUUAGGACAAAGAGAAACAAUUUCACAAAUUUCAGCCAAUUGAUUCUACUACCUUAAAAAAUUUAUUCUAAAAGAAUACUCAAACCUGGUGACCUUAUGGCAAUGAGCAAAAAACAAUGUUUCUAGGUGGAUAGACUUGAUUUUAGGUACUCCUUCAAUACCAAAUUAGAAGUCAUUUUAGCUUUUCUAAAUACAAAGCUUUUGCUAUGUGUCUUAUUCUACAGUGUAUCUACAUACACAGUAAAAGUUAUGAACCUAAAAAGGACAAAAAUGCCUAUAUACACUAUAAAAGCCAAAACGACCUACAAUUUAGAAAGGAGGGAGUGGCUGAAUUAUGUUGAAGAAGUUAUCACUCUGUAGUAGGUAUAACUGGUAUGCCAAAGUUCGAGCUCAUUUUCUUUUCCAUCAUUUCACAUUAUUUUACUAGGAUGUUUUUUUUGUUUUGGGUGUAGAUAGAUUUUAGUUUUCUUUUUUGUGAAUCGGCCAUGAGGUCCUGCUUAACAUAUUACCAUGAAGAUGCAUUAAUUACUUGCCUUAGGGGAACUUCCUGUUGCGUCUGUGUUUCAGGCAUUAAACUCACCAGAAAAAUUAUAACGAUCACUUACUUGCCUUGAAAUCACAAUCAAUGUGGACACUUAUUAUCACAACUAUAUGGUUUUGUUUGUUUUGAUAAUGGGCUCAGAUCCAAAGUCUGUUGCCAUAUAUUAUCAGUUGUACAUUUCAACAUAUUUGAAUUUGUGGAAGUGUCAGCUAUGUGAAAGCUCUCUUGUGGGUUUUGGUGGUUUGGAUGACAACCCAAUUAAAGGACUAACAAGUGUGCUAAGUGUUGAACAGGUGCUUAAUGCAAAGCUAACAGGGUUCAACACAAGUGAACAAGUGUGAUGGUCCAAAGACUGGAUUAUCUAUAGAUAAUGGACAUCACAAGUAAGAUGGACAUUGCUUAAGUGAGACUUGGUGUGCGUAACUCAGAGACAACCGAUCAAGCCAAGGAUGGAGGCAAGAAGAGCUUCGAGUUAUCGAGUGCACGGGAGAAGGUCAAGGAGACCAGGAACCCAAAGCCAGGGGUGAAGAAGAAGACUUGCAAAGUCAAGGUUGAUCGAGUUAAGAAGACUUAUGGUGCAUCAAGGAUCACUACAUAAGGCUCAAGAUCAAGCUCGAGAAGUGAACGGGGGUUGGGGCUCAGAUAUGUCAAUCUAGAUCAAGUCAAGUUGACUUGAUGGUUUAGAGUCCAACAUCGACCUCAAACAAGCCAAAUUGGGUAAAACGAUAAAAAAGGUUAAGUAUGUAAGGUUUGAGUGUUCAACCAUUUUGCAUACACCUCUUACUACAAGUUUGGUGCUUUGGUUUGCUCUCUAACUCUUUCUGUAGAGAAAGUACCAUUCUGAGCUCUGCUGGAGGAGAAACAGAAAAACUAGGAGAAGAACAAGAAAGAUGUAAGUUUCUAGGACUAAAUCAAUUGGAUUAUACUCUAAAUGUGUUUGUUUAAGUCUCAGGAAAAUCCUCCCAAAAGUUGAAGUCAAACGGAGAAAGAACGGAGGAAAAAGCACUUAGUGUGCUGUUGGCUGGUGCACAGGACAGUGAAUAGUAGCUGUCCGGUGCACAGGACAGUGAAUAGUAACUCUGUCCGGUGCACAGGACAGUGAAUAGUAACUGUGUCCGGUGCACAGGACAGUGAAUAGUCGCAGCGUCUGGUGCACAGGACAGUGAAUAGUCGCAGCGUCCGGUGCACAGGACAGUGAAUAGUAGCUGUGUCCGGUGCACAGGACAGUGAAUAGUGACCUGUCCGGUGCACAGGACAGUGAAUAGUAACCUGUCCGGUGCACCAACGGCUAGCUGUUCCAGAGAAGGAAACUGUCAAUCAGAUCCGUUACUGUUCACUGUCCGGUGCGCCACCGGACAGUCCGGUGCACCCGCAACCAGGGAAGGCUGGGAGCUUCCAAAUGAAGCUCUAACGGCUCCUAGGCCAUUUGGGGCUAUAAAAGGGACCCCUAGGCGCCUCAAACAACAACACAAGUGCAGCCAACAAUUGUAUACAUCACUCGGAUCGAUUCUCUCUCUCCCUCUUGUGUAAAUCUCUCUAGUUUGUGUGAAGGCAAAGUUAUAAGCCUUUAGAGAGUGGAGAGGUGCUGCAAAGAGCUAGAGCAAAGUCUUGAGCGCAUUGUUACUCCGCCGGAGUGCUGUCAAGAAGAUUGUAAGCAGCCGCGGCUUUGUUGUAACCCAACUCAACAUAGUGGAAGGCUCUAUCUGUCAUACUGACAGAUCUGAGCAAACGGAGGAAGGAGUUGAAAUAGACUCCAAGCCCAGGUGUGGCUAACUCCAACGAGGACUAGGCAAGCAUUUCAGGCUUGGCCGAACCUCGGGAUAAAUUCCUGCGUCUGUGUGCUUCGCUCUGUAUUGUGUGCUGACUCUCUGUCUUACUCACUUUUUAUAUCUGCACUUCAACACUUAUCUGUGGUACAAGUUAUAUUUGAAGUGCAGGGCAUUUUGAGACAGGAUCUUCUAUUCCGCUGCAACCUACUCGAAGGAUCUUUCAUUCCACUGCGAUCUGGUCCUUGAGUAGAGUAAGAACUAAAGUUUUAAAGUGAUAAUUUUUUAUUCGCCUAUUCACCCCCCCUCUAGGCGACAUCCAGAUCCUGUUCCCGGGCAAAGGGAACUUUCACUAUGUACUCACCAAGGCACCCAUUACGAGGCGUGGAACAUCGUCGUGCUUGUUCCGGUGACGUUGUCCUGCCUCUAUGAGAGGAAGAGGGAACUCAACAACCAAAAAUGGACCUACCAGAUCAGCCUGCACCGUGAGGUGCUAGGCGUGCGUUCCAUCGUCAGGAGCUCCUCCGUCGAGUGGGGUUCUGUGGCCAAAAAGCAGCCCAUGACAUGGCACAAGGACACAAGGUUGAUUUGUUAUUUAUAUGUUGAUUGCUCCUGCAAAUCAGUGGUGGAUUUACUGCAGCGUGCAUAAUCUGGAGUCUUUCUUUUACACUGCUUCGAUGAAAUCUGAUGUAUUCACUACAUGCAAUUUCUGAUUAUUAUUCAUAUUUCAUAAGGACCAAAAAUACCUAGCAUUUAUUAUCCCACGCUGAUGGAUGAAAAAAGCGACGCACACCGGCCAGCGGGCAGCUCUUCCUCUCAGGCCAAGUCUACUCUCACCUCCCCCGUCUCUCAGAUCCACGCUGCCUAGUUGUUCGGACUUCAGACCCCGCCGUGCGCUGCCCAUGGCCGCGGGUCGCGGCGACGCGGCGAGCAUGGUGGCGGUGGGUCUGGUGUGGGGCGCCACCAACGCGCUGAUGCGGCGGGGCGCGCUCGUCUGGGACCGCCGCGCCCGUGCCUGCCCCUCCGGCAACGUCCUCCGGCGGUGGGCGGAGCUGCUCCUGACGUGGCAGUACUCGGCGCCGUUCGCCGCCAACCUGAGCGCGUCCGCGGCCUUCUUCGCGCUCCUCGGCGGCGCGCCCAUCUCCGUGGCCGUCCCCGUCACCAACGCCGUCACUUUCGCCGCCACGGCCGCCGCCGCCGCGGCCCUUGGCGAGCGCGUCCGGCCAGCGCCCGCGGUCCUUGGUACCACGCUCAUCGUCCUCGGCGUCUGGGUCUGCAUCUCGUAGGCUUAGGCUGAAGAUCUGCUUGGUUUAGUUCUGGCAUUACAGUCGUCGCAUGGGGGGAAAAAAGGAAGUUUUGAGGGCAAUUCUCAGAUUCCAUUUCACUCCUCUGUGCUGUGUUGCCAAUUGCCAUAUGAGUGAAUUAUUCCCAGUUUGUUGAUG